CCGGAAGUUCCGGCACCGCCCGCGCUAUAAAACCGCGCGCUGGCCUCCGCCGCUUAAAGGCGCCGCGGGCUGUGCGAGGCAUUUCCCUGGAAAUGAGGAAUUUCCCUGGAAUUCUCUCCUUGAACCCCAAUCCCGGGCAGAUGUUUCCCGCUGGGCUCUGGCUCUAGGAUGUUGGAGAACCGAGAGGAAGAGCUGACCACGGUGCGGGUGCAGGAUCCGCGCGUGCAGAACGAGGGCUCCUGGAAUUCCUACGUGGAUUACAAGAUCUUCCUGCACACCAACAGCAGGGCCUUCACCGCCAAGACCUCGUGCGUGCGGCGCCGCUACCGGGAGUUCGUGUGGCUGCGGCGGCAGCUCCAGCGCAACGCCGGCCUGGUGCCGGUGCCGGAGCUGCCGGGGAAAUCCGCGUUUUUCGUGGGCAGCACGGAUGAGUUCAUCGAGAGGCGCAGGCAGGGGCUGCAGCACUUCCUGGAGAGGGUGGUGCAGAGCGCGGUGCUGCUCUCCGACAGCCGCCUGCACCUGUUCCUGCAGAGCCAGCUGCCCGUGCCCGCCAUCGAGGCCUGCGUGCAGGGCCGGGGCCCCCACUCGGUCACCGAGGCCAUCCUGCACUACGCCAUGGCCGGGCCCGCCUGGGGACAGCGCGGGGACAGCGACGGCGCGGGGCUGGGCCCGGCCAGCUGUGCCAGCCUGGGCAGCGCCCAGGGCUGCCUGGAGAGCUUCCCCUACUGGGGUGACCUGGGCAUGGACGAGACACGGCCGGAGAGCCCCGAGCGUCCGGCCGGACACACAGUGACCCCUCUGGACAGCCCCGAGUGUCCAACUGGACAUGGAGUGACCCCUCUGGACAGCCCAGAGUGUCCAACUGGACAUGGAGUGACCCCUCUGGACAGCCCAGAGCGUCCAACUGGACAUGGAGUGACCUCUAAGGAGAGCCUGGGAUUCUCGAAAUUCCCACCUGGACACUGAGUUACCCCUCAGGACACCCCCAGGCCCCGCAGCCCUCGCUGGGAGAGGGAUCAGUGCCACUGGGAUGGCCGCACUGGGAGCACUGGGAGCACUGGGAAUGCGGCCCCAGCCGCGGCCGAGCUCUUCCCCAGCACAUUCCUGAUAUUCCCAGCAGGGUUUUCCUCACUCUGCUCCUGCUCAGAUCCCUCUGGAAUCCCCAGGCUCGGUUCAAACGCCUCUGGAAUUCCCAGACUGGGCUCAGAUCCCUCUGGAAUUCCCAAACUGGGACGAUCUGAGCCGAGCUUCCCGCCGGGAAAAGGGAGGAACGGAAUUUGGGGCUGGGAUUCGUGUCCCCCUUCCCUCUGGGGCUGCUCCAGGGAUUUUUGGGGAAGCAGGAGCAGCUCGGGUGGCUUUGGUGUCUUCCCCUCCCUCAGCACUUGGUGUGGGCAGGAAAUAAAAAUUAAAUAAAAAUAAAAAUAAAUGAAUAAAACUCAAAA